AUGGGUGAAUUCAACGAGAAGAAGGAGACAUGCGGCACCGUCUGCCUCAAGUAUCUGCUGUUCACCUACAACUGCUGCUUCUGGCUGGCCGGCCUGGCUGUCAUGGCAGUGGGCAUUUGGACACUGGCCCUCAAGAGCGACUACAUUAGUCUGCUGGCUUCAAACACCUACCUAGCCACAGCCUACAUCUUAGUGGUGGCCGGUGUUGUUGUCAUGGUGACUGGAGUCCUGGGCUGCUGUGCCACUUUCAAGGAGCGACGGAACCUGUUACGCUUGUACUUCAUCCUGCUCCUCAUCAUCUUCCUGCUGGAGAUCAUUGCUGGCAUCCUGGCCUAUGUCUAUUACCAGCAGCUGAACACAGAGCUCAAGGAGAAUCUGAAGGACACCAUGAUCAAGAAAUACCAACAGCCAGGCCACGAGGGUGUGACCAAUGCUGUAGACAAGCUGCAGCAGGAGUUCCACUGUUGUGGCAGCAACAAUUCUCAAGACUGGCAAAACAGUGAGUGGAGCCACUCUGGGAAGGCGGACGGCCGUGCAGUUCCUGAUAGCUGCUGUAAGACUGUGGUACCCAAAUGUGGUAGGCGGGACCACGCCUCCAACAUCUAUAAAGUAGAGGGUGGCUGUAUCAGUAAGCUGGAGACCUUUAUCCAGGAGCACCUGCGCGUCAUCGGGGCUGUGGGCAUCGGCAUUGCCUGUGUGCAGGUCUUCGGCAUGCUCUUCACCUGCUGCUUGUACAGAAGCCUCAAGCUGGAGCACUACUGACCACGGUGCCAGGCAGGCUGCCAGCCUCGCACUAUGUCCUACCCCACUACGAAGUACUACUGAGUUAGACCGCUGACCGCCAGAGAGGUAGCUGUCCUCAUGCCAUCACUGUGGCCCCUGGUGACCCCACCUAAGGGGUGGCUUCAAGUGCCUUUCACUGUAUACCAAAGUCCCAAGGCUUGAGGCCCUGUACUUGCCCCAGUGUAAGAGGGGCAGGUAUGCCAGUGUUGGGCUAGGCCUCGCUGGUAGAAUAGGUUUUAGAUUAUUUGAUAAAAGUGCCUCUUGCCCACAGGCUACUUUCCUGCAGGUAGCUGUGAUUUACAGUAAGUUUGGGGAGAACUUGUGUAUACCACCUGCAUGGUGGGUAGAAGUGGAUGGGAAGGGGCCUUUCUGGGUGAGCUAGGUACCUUUCAUGUCUGCCGCUGGGAACCCUCAGAUCUGCUUACCCCAAACCAAUGGGGCAAGCUGAAGGGAACUCCAUCCAACCCCACUGUAUAUGCCCUGACCUCUCCACCCAGGCCUUUCUUGCUCCUGACAGCUUGGCCCUGGCUUUUCCCCACUUCUGAGAUCAUGCAAAUGCCCCAUGUUCCUGUACACUGUCUCCUUUUGGAACAUCUUUGCACGGGGCAUGGCUGUUUUUCAUCCACUGCUGUAUCCCACAUGCCCACACAUGCUCCUGCUAUGUAACAGGUGCUCAAUAAAAUGUAUAACAGUC